GGCAAUGAAUUACUUGUCCUGCGGCGCUUUCCGGUCGGUUUAGUUGUUCUAACCGGGUUGCAGGUAUGUCGGGCUAAUUUUGGCCAUUCUAUCAACAAUGGCGAUAGGCACAAGUUUCGUGAUCACCAAAAAGGGUUUGAUGCAAGCCUCCGAGAGGCAUGGCUUUGAAGGAGAAGGGUUUCAAUACUUGAAGAGCCCCGUCUGGUGGGGUGGCGUCAUCACACUGGGUGUGGGAGAAAUCGCCAACUUCGCCGCGUAUGCGUUUGCGCCCGCUAUUCUGGUCACCCCGUUGGGUGCGCUGAGUGUCUUGAUCGGUGCCGUCUUGGGCUCCUAUUUCCUCAAUGAAAAACUUGGUGUUUUAGGAAAACUCGGCUGUGCGAUGUGUUUGCUUGGAUCUGUUGUGAUUGUUCUUCACGCACCUCCGGACAAGCCAGUCGAAACAAUUGAGGAGAUGCUGUCCUACGCUCUCAAGCCAGGUUUCCUCAUCUAUUGCCUGGCGGUCGCGAUAUUCUCGACGGUCAUGAUCUACCGAGUGGCGCCAAUGUACGGCAAAAAGAACCCUCUCAUCUACAUCUCGAUUUGCUCCACAGUCGGCUCCGUCUCCGUCAUGUCCGUCAAGGCUUUUGGUACUGCGCUGAAGCUCACGCUUCAGGGUAACAACCAAUUUACUCAUGCGACAACUUAUGUCUUCGCCAUCGUCACCGGUUUCUGCAUCCUGACACAGAUGAACUACUUCAACAAGGCAUUGAAUCAGUUUUCGACCUCGAUCGUUAAUCCCCUCUACUAUGUUACCUUUACCACCGCUACCCUGUGCGCCUCGUUCAUCCUUUUCCAGGGAUUCAACACCACAGAUGCUAUCAACACCCUCUCGCUGCUCUGUGGAUUCCUAAUUAUUUUCGCCGGUGUAUAUCUCCUGAACCUUUCUCGACACGAUCCCGACGGCCGCCAAUUUGUCAACAGCAAGUAUGAUGAAGAGGGGGUGCCUACGGAUGGAAUCGCGAGCUUCCAGACCCGCCGGUCGAUGCAGUCCCGCCGAAGCAAUGAGCCUCAUCGCCGAAGCUCGUCGAGCAUUGCUUUUCUGAAUGGGCACGGUGACCGGGAAGGCUUAAUCCAUUCUUACGACGUUGAGAACCAAGGAAUUGGCCUGUCCGAGUUGGCCGAGGAGAGCGACGGCGAGCCAGGCCCUACCUACAAGAGAAGCCAGGAUUUACGUACCUCUCAACACACCAAGCAUGACGAUCGAUAGUUAUGCUACGAUCUAUUGAUCGGAGACUCGUUUCCGCUUUACGACAAAUGUCACUGCCGUUACGUUUGCUUUGUUUUUUUCCGUUUCUGCCUUUUCAUUUGUUUCUUUUGUCUUU